AAAGAAGAAUCAGGAUCACAUGGAAUCGUAUAAAAAGAGGCCCGACUGAAGAUAGAAAUCAGUCGAGUGAGCACCUCUGAUACAGUAGAAUAAUAGCAGUCUACGAGUUCUAAUAGCUGAAUAAUUUAGUGUCUUCAAGUUGCAGCCUGAAAUUAUGGCUUCCUAUGGUAUUAUGCUGCUACUGGCUGUCGUGUCACUGAUGGCUGGGUGGACCGUGGGUGUGCCGAUGGGUUCGUCUUCUUCCGAGUACGGUAGUUAUUCAUACCAGACGACCACUGCUGCGCCGUACUACACCACUGCUGCGCCGUACUACACCACUGCUGCGCCGUACUACACCACUGCUGCGCCGUACUACACCACUGCUGCGCCGUACUACACCACUGCUGCGCCGUACUACACCACUGCUGCGCCGUACUACACCACUGCUGCGCCGUACUACACCACUGCGUAUGCGGCCCCCACUUACUACACUACAAAGGCGCCCGAGUACUACCCCACAACAUAUGCGUCCCCCACUUACUACACCGAGGCUCCCAUGUACUAUGCUCCUGAAUACUACACCACCACGUAUGCAGCUCCCACUUACUAUAUGGAGGAACCAAAAUACUACUCCGCACCGAGCUAUUACACGGAAGCGCCAGUAUAUUAUACCACUCCAAGCUACUACACCGAGGCUCCCACCUACUAUACCACAAAGGCCCCUGAGUAUUACACCACAACUUACGCUUCACCAGUUUACUACACCGAGGCCCCGAAAUAUUACUCUGCUCCAAGCUACACUACAACCGUGUCGUACUACACAACUACAGAGGCGCCUAAGUAUUAUGUAGCACCAACCUACUACACUGAAGCCGCCCCAUCUUAUUACUCCGAGCCGACCUACUACACUGAAGCCCCGAAGUACUACGCUGCCCCAAGUUACUACACCACGACUGCUCCUUCGUACUACGUCGAACCUAGCUACUACACCACAACUUAUGCUGCUCCGUCUUACUAUACUGAGGCUGCUGAAUACUACACAACUAAAGCCCCAGAGUACUACACAAAGAAAGCUGAAUACUACACCACCACUUACGCCGCUCCAGCCUAUUACACUGAGGCUCCCAAAUAUUCGGCUCCACAAUACACUACAACAUAUGCGGCUCCAAGCUAUUAUACAGAAGCCCCGAAGUACUACACUACAACAUAUGCCGCUCCGGUUUACUACACCGAAGCUCCUCAAUACUAUACCACAAAGGCAACUGAAUACUACACAACUGCCGCCCCGGAGUAUUACACGAAGAAAGCUGAAUACUACACCACAACAUACGCUGCUCCAGCUUACUACACUGAGUCUCCCAAGUAUUACCAGACUGAGGCACCGCAAUAUUAUACUACAAAGGCCCCCGAAUACACCACAACGUACGGUGCCCCAAGCUACUACACUGAGGCGCCCAAGUACUACACCACCACCUACGCUGCUCCAACUUACUACACUGAGGCUGCUGAAUACUACACCACAAAGGCUGCUGAAUACUACACAACCACUUACGCUGCUCCAGCUUACUACACUGAGGCCCCUAAAUAUUACCAGACUGAGGCUCCAAGAUAUUAUACUACAAAGGCCCCCGAGUAUACCACAGCAUAUGUUACUCCUAGCUACUACACCGAGGCACCGAAGUACUACACAACAACCUAUGCAACCCCAUCCUACUACACUGAGGCUCCCAAGUACUAUUAAUCGUGAAAAUUGCGCUGUCCAUCAAGCUCGAUGAUGGAAUAUUCAGAUUUGGUUUUAUCAUUUACAGUCCUCGUUCCAAGUAUUUCCAUUUAUGCAUUCACUAGUCGUUCCAUACAAAUGUUUCCAAAUGAAUUGUUGAAUACAGAUAUAAUGCCGUUAACAAA